AUGAUACUACAGCUGAUCGUUCUAAUGGGCGUAUUGAGGGGCGUGGCAGGUUACAGUAGCGGUGCACCCCCUGGGCAGUGUAACCUCAUGUACCCGGGACACGGGGUCCCCGCCCAGCCAGGGCCCGCCCCCUACAGGAUCGAAGUCAGCGAUAACUCGUUCGGGUGUCCGACCGAUAACAUUACAGUUUCUCUGGUGGGCCAGGGACCCGCUGUGUUCCGUGGCUUCUUUUGUCAGCCCCGCCCCAGCCCGAAUGUGUUCUAUACUUCAGGCGUGAUCAGCGCGCCACCUAGCGCAUCGGAUAUGAAGGACCCUUGCGGAGAGGGACGAUCACUCACGCAUACUCUGGGCCGCAUUAACAAGCAGAAGGUUACUUUCUCUUGGACACCAACGAUCGCACAACCAGUCUACAUUGUGUGUAGCGUCGUUGCCACGUACAACACCUUCUGGGUCAAAUUGACCUCUGAGGUCAUCAAUUACGUCCAGAAAGACUGCACCACGCGACAGACGACAAUUUCCCCACAGACGCAGACGACAACUCCAAUCACCACGCCGGCUGUCAGACCUGUUUCAACAACAACAAAGCGUCCGGUAGUACCAGAAGUCGCUACAACAACUGUUGCUACAACCACUGCAGCACCGGUCACGAGAUCCACUUCCGGUCAAACUGACGGCAGCGCAGGGAUCAUUGUUGGCAAUACGACAUCAAACGAUCCAAAAAAUAGUGUUCGCUCAGCCACGUGUAUUACAGAGAUUGUGUUUGCAGCUGUUACUAUUACAAUUGCUUUAGUAUUUUAAGAGACUCCUAUAUA